GAGGUAGCAGACUUGAACGCUUGGCUUCCAAUAACAGCAUCUCGUAAAGCAAAAUGGUGGUAUUCAGCGUUCCACAACGUCACGGCCAUGGUGGGUGCAGGAGUUCUAGGCUUACCUUUUGCAUUGUCUCAACUGGGCUGGAUUCCCGGAGUGAGCGCACUCGUUGUGUCUUGGUUAAUCACAUUCUAUUCGCUGUGGCAAUUGGUGGAAUUGCAUGAAGUAGUGCCGGGGAAGCGAUUCGAUCGAUAUCCAGAGCUCGGGGAGCAUGCAUUUGGUUCGGAUCUGGGUUAUUGGAUCGUCAUGCCACAGCAAAUGCUUGUUCAGAUUGCAUCAGACAUAGUGUACAUGGUUACUGGUGGGAAGUCGCUGAUGAAGUUCUUUGAUUUGGUUCUUCCCAACGUAGUUAGCGGUUUUCGACAAACUUAUUUCAUCAUUGUGUUCAUGUGCGUGCAUUUGGUACUCUCCCAAACUCCAAAUUUUAAUUCCUUGAAAGGAGUUUCCCUGCUGGCUGCAGUCAUGUCUUUUAGUUAUUCAACGGUGGCCUUUGUUACAUCCACCAUUAGGGGUAGCCAUCAGCGUCAUGUUGAAUAUGGAGUUCGAUCACACACGACAGCAGGCAAAGUAUUCAAUAUUCUGAAUGCUAUUGGGACCAUCGCAUUUGCCUUUGCAGGUCACAGUGUGGCUCUUGAGAUUCAAGCCACAAUACCUUCCUCUCCUGAGAAGCCAUCUAAGAGGCCUAUGUGGAGAGGCGUUGUGGUUGCAUACAGCAUUGUUGCCUUCUGUUACCUCUCUGUGGCAAUUUCAGGCUUCUGGGCUUUUGGGAACCUUGUGGAUGAUGAUGUUCUCAUUUCAUUGGAGAGGCCGCGUUGGCUCAUCGCUGCUGCAAAUUUGAUGGUGUUCAUUCACGUUGUAGGAAGUUAUCAAGUUUUCGCAAUGCCCGUGUUCGAUAAAAUAGAGUCAUGCCUCGUGCAAAAGCUACAUUUUACUCCGGGACGAUGUCUUCGCCUUGUUGCACGAAGCACAUAUGUUAUCUUAACAGGAUUUAUCGGGAUUUGCAUCCCAUUUUUUGGAGGACUAUUAGGAUUUUUUGGAGGGCUAGUAUUUGCAUCAACUUCAUAUAUUCUCCCUUGUAUGAUAUGGCUUAUCGUCCAUCGCCCUAAAAAGUGGAGUCGUCAUUGGAUUUUAUCUUGGAUUUCAAUGAUUAUCGGCAUUAUGAUAGCAGUUCUGGCACCUAUUGGAGGAGCACGACAAAUUAUUAUUUCAGCCAAAACCUACAAAAUGUUUUCCUAG